AUGGCCUUGAACAACAAUAAUUUCCGUAUUCGUGCGGUUCUCCUGCCUCCACUACGAAAGCGGACAUUUCCCCAGAAUCCAUGCCUUGUGCGAGAUGACCAAUGCAUGCAAUCAAUAACGUAUAUUGAGGGGACGAAAGCUUGGGCGAUCUUCAUAUACUUCCGCCACGAUGCUGAUACCAAGAUGGUCCUCUCGACACAGACAUCCAUGACGGACAGUGCUGCAGCGUGGGAAGUUAGUAGGCAGCGAGACCGCCGACCAGACUGGAGUUGGGACGAGAUCGGCGGUAUCACAAAUGCCGCUGCCGUCCUUUGGCACGCUCAAGUAUACAAGUAUUUGUACUGGGCUUUAGCGCCACCAAAAACGGUCGACUCCCUAUCGAUAGCCGCGCUGGGUCCCUGA